AUGGGCCUCUUCUCCAUCUACACCGGCCUGAUAUACAAUGACUGUUUCUCAAAGUCCCUUAAUAUCUUUGGUUCUGGAUGGAGUGUGAAGGCCAUGUUCAGAGAGGAGGUGUGGAAGCACUUUAGGAAGAAGUACAACCUGUACUUGGUAUUUCUCCCUGAGCUCCUGUUGCUGCUGUGUCUGUUCGGCUACCUGGUGUUCAUGAUAUUCUACAAGUGGCUGGUCUUCACUGCCAAGGACUCCCGACAUGCUCCAAGCAUCCUCAUCCACUUCAUAAACAUGAUCCUCAUGCAGGGUGACGCAGUGCAGCCCCUCUACCCAGGACAGGGGUAUGAGCGUGUGCGCCGUAACAGUGAAGAGGAGCUCUACCUGAUGAGGGCUAAUGACCUGGAGGAGGGCAGCAGUCACAGUGAUCUCUCCACUAGAGGAGAGCGCCAGACAGGAGGUCGGCACAGAGAAACUAGAUGGUUGCCCAUUAAUCUUAAACUUUUGUAAUAAGAAAAUAGGAUUUGCUAUUUAAAUAAAAUAACAUCCACCUUUUUUAAGAUUCCUUAUUUCCUUUGAUUAUCCUUAUUUAUUCAUUUUGGUUUCCCAUCCAAUUCCUCUCUGUAUGUAGUUAUUUUUUGGCAUAAUUGUGUAUAUGAAUGCGGUUAUUUUUACUUUUCAGUUUUGGCAAAUUUGGUUUCCAUACGCUGGGUAGUGAGCCACCUUACACUUACAUAGUUCUUGCUCAACUUUUUGUUACACUGACUGCCUUACAGAAUUACAACCAAAUGACAGCAUACUGUAUCAUUCUUCAGUUCCCCUUGUGUUUUUACUUUGUGGUACCAAAAUGGUGCAAAGGAUCUUUGACUUGUCAGUAUUGAAAAGUGUCUGGGCAGUUGUGUGAUGAUGAGAUGUAUAUACUUUUACAGAAUUAUUUAUUUAUUUUAAAAAUAUUGUGUCAGAAUUAAAGAUGAAUGUCAAUGGGGAUAUGAGUUUUACUUUUAUGCAUUCACAGUGUUGCCUAUUUGCCCACUUACUGUACAAUUUAACGUUCCAUGCAUUUGCCCUUACUUUGAAAGAUCCUUUAUCCAUAUCCAACUCAGUGGCCGGGUUUUAUUUAAUCUCAUUAGGAGAGCAUUGAACAAUGUACUAACAUCAUGCAUUAGUAGUAAUUGCUCAUUUGUUUGUAUUGUAUGGGAUUGAUAUUGGUAUUUUUUGGUAAGGGAAGGAGACCUAAUUGUUGUUUGUUGUGGUAGUCACGUUUCUUUUUUUAUUGGGGCCAGUGAUGUUUGAUUAAUAAUUAUUUGUAGUUGACAGCGGUUGAAGGGGUAUUGUAAUUUCUAUUAAUGCGGCCCAAUUUUUGCAAUUCGUUUUAAUAUUAAGAAUUAAAAACAUUUUAAUUGACAAACACUCCAUGUUCAUGUUAUUUUGAGAAAAUCAUCCUCAUGUUAAGCCAAGAAUGUGCAGUAACCGUUGUAUCUUAAAUACUAUCUGUAAUUCUGGAAAGGUGAUCUUUUGUGUUGUUUGUUUUUUUCAAUGUUGCUUUAUUUGGAUUUGAAUUGAAUACACACUCACUUUGGGUUAUGUAUAUAUUAUGUAUCAUGCCUAAUAACCUUUGUAAAUAUGGAGCAGUUUCUUCUUUAUUAGCAAAAGUUAUAGAGGGAUAUUAAUUCUUUCAACCUGCCACAAAACGUAACCCCCCUCUAUAAUGCAUAGCCUCUACCCUACCAUUAAGUGUUUUAUAUACUUCAGAUCCUGACUAAUAACAUAGGUGAAUAUGUAAGUUUUUUAUUUUCUUAAAAAAGGUUACGGGAUCAUAUUGAUUACAGACUGUACUUUCAACCUACCACAAAACAUAUUUGUAUACAACGUUUGCUUUACGAUGAAAACGAUAAGGUUGUCUUGGUUUUUCAGUGGACUUAUUCAAUUCCGUGCGGAAGAGGAAGUUCGAUAACACGUACAGAAUAAUAAAAGCAUUUAUUUUGA